AGUGACCAACAGUCAACAUUUGCGAACAUCCCAAGAACAGAAGAACUCAUGGUUAAGGACAAAUGACAUAGUAGUGUGUUUGGUCAAUUAAAUGCACCCUCUAGAAACUUGGCAAAGAAACAAAGUCCAUCAUUCAUUCCACACCUCCUAAAUUGAAAAUCAAGAAAGAAAAAAAAGGUACUAUUCUGUAUUCUCUCAAGAGCCUCUUUCACAAAGCUUAUCUGGGUUGGGCAAACUCAACUAGGAUAUGGCUCAAAACGGGAGAGUUCACCCGAAUUGUGUGAAUGCUAAUAAUCCUUACCAUGAGUGUGGUAUGUAUUGCUUGGAAAAGAUUGCUCAGGGACAGGGACAGAAGGAAAAAAAGAAGUCGGUUGCAGUUACCAAAAAGAAGGAUGAACAGAGAAAAGUGCAUCCAAAUUGUCCUAAAGCGUCUAAUCCUUACCACGAAUGUGGUGACUAUUGCAUGAACAGAAAUGGCGAGGUCAAUGCUCUUGGGUUUAAAAAAGAAUCAGGCUCCUGGAGCUUUGGCAGGAAAAAGAAAGCAUAUGCAAGUCAACCAAAUUCUCCUCGAGAUGUCUCUUUUGGAGGUAUCAAGCCUGAUGCUAGAAAUGCUCAAUCCGAACAUAAUCCUAAGAAAAAGGUCGAUUCAGAGAAAAAUGGGUCCUUCUCUUCCGAACAAUAUUCUGCUGAAAUUUAUCCUCAAGAUAAUCCUUUCAGCAAGGAGCAAGUUAAAUCCACUCAAUCAAUACCUCCAUCUGGGAAUAUGAUAUCCACUCAAUCAAUACCUCCAUCUGGGAAUAUGAUAUCCUCUCAAUCAAUACCUCUAUCUGGGAAUAUGAUGAUGAAUAAUAGGUCCAAAGAUCCUCCAAAGGAGAUUGUUCCUGUUGCUGAUGAAGAAUCACCAGCCAAACAUGAAAAGGAUGAGAAGCAUAAAGCCUCCCCGAAGGCCGAGGACACUGGAGAAGAAAUUGCUAGGUCACCUGUUGGGUCUAGGAACUUUAGUUUCUUAGGUGUCAACGAUGUUGAAGAAGACAGUGAUGAUGAUGCAGAAUCUGUAAUUUCAGAUUCAUGUGUCUCGGUAGGAAAAUACCAAGUGAAAGCAAGUGUUUCUUCCAUUUUGCAGACGAUCUUGGACAAAUAUGGAGAUAUAGCAGCAAACUGUCAAUUGAAAUCAAAUUCCAUGCGUGCGUACUAUUUAGAAUGCCUUUGCGCCGUGGUUCAAGAGCUGCAAGCUACUUCGUUUAUGCAGAUUACCAAAGCCAAAGUCAAAGAAAUGUUAGCUGUUGUUAAAGAUGUCGAAUCUGCUCAAAUUGAUGUCGAAUGGCUGCGCAAUAUUCUCAAUGAAAUCUCAGAAGCCAUCGAGCUUACUACCCGGCACCAAACCAUCGAAAGAGCAAAAGCUAGCUGUGAUAAUCUCUUGGCAUCAACAAGGACAGAACUGGAAUCCCAAAUGGAAGAUUUAGCUCUCAAGGAAAAAGAAUACCAAGCUGCAAAGGCUCGUGUCGCUGAAACCAAAACCCGCUUGUGCGAGCUGGAAUCCGAAUCUUCUGAGCUAGAGAAAACCAUUGAAUCUACAAGGUCCAAAGUCGAAAAGUUCAAAAGCAAGUCCCUGGCAGAUUAUCUGCAAAACAAGAAUUUCUAGUAAUUAUAACUCAAUUGUUUGUUCUUCUUGUUUAAUAGUAGUAGUUUGAUGCAAUAAGGUAAGUCUGUAACUGAUUCUGAUUGUACUUGUACUAAAAUCGGGUGGGAAAUGUAGUGUGAGUAUUUUGAAUUGACAUUGUAUACAUUUGAGAGUCUUAAGGGUGUGCCUUUGUUGCUAUAAGCCUCUGCAAUUUUAGGUCUGCACUCGUGGGAAUUCAAGUAGUGCCUUUAUGAGUGCUAAAACGUGUUUGAGUUUAUGUAAGGUUUUAAGGUUCUUGUGAUUUGUGUUAA